AUAAUGGAACACAUCACACUCAAAGAACAAAACAGAGACAGUAACAGUGUGUAACAGAACAGGAGCUUUAAUAUCUUUUUGAAGCAGAGUUGGUGUGCAGAUCUGUGAGAGUGAACUCAGGAUGAAGAUCCUCCUCAUCUUCACCUUCUGUCUGAUCUCAGAUGGAGGGACCUCAAAUGAAGUAACAGGAUAUUCAGGAGGAGGAAUCCUUAUCAAGUGCAAAUAUGAUACAGCAUACAGAAUUAACAAAAAAUAUUUCUGUAGGGGUUCAUUGUCAGGCUGUUCUGACCAAAUAAAGACAGGAGAUAAAAAACAGUGGGUAAAUUCAGGAAGAUUCUCACUGUUUGAUGACACCAAAUCAUUAGAGUUCAGGGUGAUGAUCAGAAAGCUCACUGUACAGGACACUGGGACGUACCACUGUGGAGUUGAUAUAACUUUAGUGAGAGACAUUUACACACCGGUGGAACUGAAGGUACAGCAAGAUCUGUCCUAUGAGAAGUCCAUCAGCAAAACCGUCCAUGCAGGAGAAGAUUUUACUGUCAGCUGUAAAUACCCACAAUCCCUCAAGAGCUAUCAAAGGUUUCUCUGCAAGAGGCUGCCUAUGGCAGCUUGUUCUUCUAAUAUAUAUCUUAAAGAAAGCAUCUUAAAUAUGACUAUGAAAAAUGUAAAUGAGCAGGACUCUGGUGAAUACUGGUGUGGAGCUGACAUAGCUUGGACAUCUGAUCAUGGGUACAAGGUUUAUUUCACACAAAUUGACCUGACAGUCACAGCUGGACCCUCAAAAACAACACAAAGUUCAGUGGUAUCAUCAUCAUCAUCAUCAUCAUCAUCAUCAUUAACAACAUCAUCACCAUUUUCAUUGUCAUCAUCAGUACAGACAACAACUUUUACCCGUACAGGACUUUCCUCAGUUUCCAUUGUAGUUACUGUGUUAGUAAAUAUUCUGAUUGGGCUUCUGAUUGGAAACACAUGUCUUUUUGUGGUUCUCCGAAUUAAACGCAAGAGGCAAGGAAAUUCAGCAUCUCAUGACAGGCAUUUUGUUCCAGGCUCAGAAAACAGCCAUGAGGAUUUUAAAGACACCAGAGGUCUUUUUGCCUCAGAAGAAGGAACUUCUACAGAUCGCUCUGCUGUGCAACUACCCAGAAGCUCCUUUGAUCCUGCUCAAGCUGUUUAUCUUAACAUAUUGUUACCAACAAGCCCUUGUGAGUCAGGAUGUACUGCUACUUUGGCUCAAUUUCCCACAGAUCUCCCGGAUUCCUCAAUCUCUACUGUUGAGAAACCUGAAGAAAGUCAGAUUUACACAACAGUGCGUUUCCACACCAAUUCCACUGGCUCUGAUGAUGUGGCUCAGAAAAUUAAGUUUAAAAAGGAGGAAAAAUCAUGUGAAUAUGCUUCAGUGAGUCAUGGCAAUUCUUAUGGCUAGUUGUGCAUACUGUGCAUCAAUUUAUCUGCACAUUUUAUUAGGGAAUACAUGUACAGUAUAACUAAAGUAAACAUUAACUGAAACACUUGACCUGUAGCUGUAUGGUUGUAUACAUUUUACUGAUGCCACAUGAUUGGACGAUUGCAUAAUCUCUGAAAGUAUAAAGGAUAAGUGUGUAGGUGUACAAGUGUUUCUAAUAGAGUGGAUGUUGACAGUAUUUACUGAGUACAGUGUAUCUGUCAAAUAUGCUUAAAUGCUUAAAGGAGCACACAUACUUAUUUUUUUCCAUUUUUAUUUUACACUUUAGCCUUGAGAUACUGCUUAAUACCAGAGCUGUUAAAUUGUUGAUUCUGAUGUAUUGAUUAAUUUUCUGUAACAGCUGGAUUUAAUGAAUUAAUUAGUUGGGAUAUUUAUAAACAAGUUAAUUUAGAUUUAUAUUCAAAUGAAGAAUUCCUUCCUCUAAAACUACAGAGGACAACUAAGUCACCAUGAACAGCCUAUGUGGGUUAAGAUCUGGUUGCUUACUGAAUUAUCUUGUUUAAAAGUAUUUGGUAAUAGAAGCAAGUGAAAGUCUUUUAUAAAUCAGUUUUUAAAAUCACAACCCUAACAACUACAACCCUAACCCUAACCCUACAAAUUUAUUGUACUGAAGAAAUCAUAUUCAUUUCAAUUAAAAAAGCAAUUUAAAAACUUUGUAAUUAUUUUAUUCUAAAAUUAAUUUGUUGUUUAGACGUAUAGUAAAAGACCAUAUUCCUAGUGAUGUCAUCACAAAGAGUUUCAAUCAAAGACAGAUUGUUCAUGUUAUGGGCAUUCAUUAAUCCAAAAACAUCCUCCGUUGAAAGUUGUUAAUAAGGCAUUCCAUGUAAGUCAUCUCAUUUGUCAUCACUCAUGAUGGUGUUUAGUACAUUUUGUGUAGUUAAAAAUGCAUGUUUGAUGUUAUUUUGACUUGUUUAUGCUUGCCAAAAUGGGGCUAUUAUUUUAUAAAGUUAAUAUCAUAUUUUUGAAAGUAUAGCACAUUUGUUGACUGUGCUUAGUAGUCACUAUAAGCACUGGUUAUGUUUAUGCGUAAUAUAGAAAACUGUUAAAGAUUAUGCAACUUAUCAUUGUAUGUAUUUGUGUUUUCAGUUUCACACCAUUCAUGUGAUAAAGUUACACUCUCAACAUCACCUAGUGGUUCUGGGAGUUAUUGCAUGAAGGUGUUUAACUUGCUGGACAAUUGAAUGUGGGUUCAACGAGGCCAGUAUAGUGCAAGAACGGAGACUGCAGUGUCUUCCAUUGCAUACACAGAUAUACAGUUGAAACCAGAUAUUUACAUACACUUCAGAAAAAAACACAAAACUUUUAUUUCUUUACUGUCAUACAUUAAAUCAGAGUAAACCUUUUCUGUUUUAAAUCAAUAAAUAUUAACAUAUUUUUUGCAUUUGUUAAAUGUCAGAAUCGAGGGAGGGAGAAAUUAAUUAUUUUUCCCCCAUGUGCAGUUGCAAACUGUAGUCUGGCUUUUUUAUGGUGGUUUUUAAGUAAAGGCUUUCUCCUCCCAGAGUAACCUUUCAGCUCAUGGCAGUACAGUAUUCAUUUUACUGUGGAUAAUGACACUGUCUUACCAGUUUCAGCCAGCAUCUUCACAAGAUCUUUUGCUGUUGUCCUGGGGUUGAUUCGCACAUUUCGCACCAAAACACGUUCCUCUCUAGGACUCUGAAUCCGUCUCCUUCCUGAGCAGUAUGAUGGUUGUACAUUCCCAUGUUUUUUAUACUUGCAUGGAUUUCUCUUGAUUUUCCCAUGAUGUCAAAUAAAGAGGCUCUGUGUUUGAGGUGUGCCUUUAUAUGCAUCCACAGGUGUGCCAUAAAUUAACUCAAAUGGAAUCAAUUAAUCUAUCAGAAGCUUCUUAAGCUAAGAAUGGAAUCAUCUGGAGUUUUUUUGUUUGUUUGUUUAAAGGCACAAUAAACUUAGGGUAUGUAUACUUCUGACUUUGAUGAAAGUGAUAACAAAAAUACUUAAUAAAAAUGUUAAUAUUUAUUGAUUUAAAACAGAAAAAGUUUAUUCUGAUUUAAUGUAUGACAGUAAAGAACAAAAAGUUUUUGUGUUUUUUUCUGAAGUGUAUGUAAAUAUACAGUAUGGUUUCAAGUGUAGGUGCAGCUAGCACCAGCUUGACUCCUGCCACAUAUGAACCUUCUUUCUGCACUGGGGUCCAGGCAAAUCCCUGGCCUGGGUUUUCAAAUCAGCAGAAUCAUGAACGAUCAGCUCCAGUACAACAAUCUCAGGAAUCUUUUUCUUUAAAACUGCAUUGAGACUGAUGUGAAUUGUUAAGUGUUAUACAAAAAAAAAAAUGUAUGUAAUUGAACAGUGGAAAGGCUCUCUGUAAUUAAAGCAAAGCUAUAAAUAUGA